UUAACCCUACAGAGAAGAAGAAAGCGGUUCAAAGUUGAAAUUGUAACUGGUUCCGGUGUAUCUGGGGGUCACACAGAGGGGUAAAGAAAAGACUUCAAAAAUGCUGUUGCAAAGAGUGUUGCGCAUCGGAGGCUUGACGCUGAAACACAGCCGGUCCAUCCACCACAGUCCUGUAUGGAGGAGUCCUCUUAUACCCAUGGUUGUGGAGCAGACAGGGAGAGGAGAAAGAGCAUAUGACAUCUAUUCCCGCCUCCUGAGAGAGAGAAUCAUUUGUGUAAUGGGUCCUAUCGAUGACACUGUGGCUAGUCUGGUUAUCGCCCAGCUGCUCUUCCUACAGUCAGAAAGCAACAACAAGCCCAUCCACAUGUACAUAAACAGUCCUGGCGGUGUGGUGACAGCAGGCCUGGCCAUUUACGACACCAUGCAGUACAUCCUUAAUCCCAUCUCCACCUGGUGUGUUGGCCAGGCAGCCAGUAUGGGCAGCUUGCUGCUGGCGGCCGGAACGCCGGGCAUGAGGCAUUCACUGCCCAACGCCCGCAUCAUGGUUCACCAGCCUUCAGGAGGCGGGGUGUCUAAGGGCCAGGCCACAGACAUCGCCAUCCAGGCUGAGGAGAUCCUGAAGCUGAAGAAACAGAUCAACGUCAUCUACGCCAAACACACGGGCCAGCCGCUGGAAACCAUUGAGGGUGUGAUGGAAAGGGAUCGCUACAUGGGCCCCAUGGAGGCGCAGGACUUUGGCAUCAUCGACAAGGUCCUGAUCCACCCGCCCCAGGCCGGCCAGGACGAGCCGGAGCUGGUGCAGAAAGAGCCGGCGGCGGCAGCCAGCGCCCCCCAACAGCCAGAGUGCGCAGCCCCAGCGCAGGACCUCCCCGGGACAAACCCCCCCUCCUCAUACAAACCUGAGCCAUGAAGCCACGUAACCGUACAGAGCGCUGGUGGUUUGAUACCCGACAGUUAGGGAAGAACAAGGCGGGCGCCUCCAUGAUGUCUUCUUUCUCCCCCCCCCCCUUAAGCAACACUGUGCCGUCUCCACACGUGCGCAGGCAUCAUGUUACAGUGGUCAUCUGGAGCGAACCCAAUGUUUGCUACACCUUUUUUAUUUUUAUUCUUUAUUUUAUUACUGUUAAGAUGUAGAAAUAAAAGUCAAAGAAGUGAUGGCUGAAGUUGGUCAUUACUCACAUCUGAAGGAAACUAUAGUAUUUCAGCUAGGGCUGCACGAUAUGAGGAAAUUAUGGGAUAUGCCAUAACGUAGUUGAAUAUCUCUAACGAUAUUACUUGCAAUGAAUACAGAUGAAAUACAUUAAAAUGUACUCAGUUCUGCCUUUCUGCUGCUUUCAGUAUUCUGCUAUAAUAAUAAUUUAUGCUAUACACAUUGCUUGUUGUAUUAAAAAAAAAAAAACAUUCUUUUAUAGAAAAAAUUUUUUUGUUCUAUAAAAGAGAUGUUUUUUUGGAUUGAAUAUGAAAGGUAACACUAAGAAAAGAAUGGCAGUGACAUUUUAAAGUGCAGUAUCUAUAGAAAAUAGGUACUCUUUUUAACUAAUUUCAAAACAUCUCUCGAGUGUCUUUUGUGAUUUGUCGCAGUCUUCACAAUGUGUUUAUCGCACUAGUUGAUAUUGCGAGGACAAUUUCAAAAAAACUAAAUGGAUUUAUUGUGCAGCCCUAGUUUCUGCUGAGUUGGUGUUAGUGCUCCCAGGUAGAUGGUCUUAUUCGGGGGAGGGGGAGGGGACGCCUGCUUGAGACUAUGGAGCCAUCUUGUUCUGUUCUACCUCUGUGCUGCAGACAUGGCCACUGGAAGAGUGUAGAUGACCUCUAUGACCUGUAUUUGAAUACUCAUAUUUGUAAUUAAUAAAAAAUGUCCACAACUCACCAAA